AUGCCGUUGCCCCUCCGUUCGGCCCCCCCAGAUUGUGCCGGUGGCCAGCAGCGAACCCCUCGGCUCGGCUCUCCGUGCGUGCGCCCCGCCCACCCCCCCCCCCCCCGGCCCCCCCCCCCCCCCCCCCUGCCGCGGAUGAUGUACGAGAGCGUGGACGUUGUGGGACUGAACCCCAGCCCGAACCCCUUUUUAAUGAUGGAUUACUACAACCAGAGCCGGGGGUGCCUGAUCCCGGAGAAAGGACUGGUGCCCGGAGCGCCCCAUCCCUACAGCACGUCCAUCCGAAACCAGCACUGGAACGGCUCCAAUCACUCAAUAGAGACCCAGAGUACCAGCUCAGAGGAGAUAGUGCCAAGCCCGCCCUCGCCUCCCCCCCCACCCCGCGUCUACAAGCCCUGCUUUGUGUGCCAGGACAAGUCCUCAGGGUACCACUAUGGUGUCAGCGCCUGUGAAGGCUGCAAGGGCUUCUUUCGGAGAAGCAUCCAGAAGAACAUGGUGUACACUUGUCACCGGGAGAAGAACUGCAUCAUCAACAAAGUCACUCGCAAUCGCUGCCAGUACUGUCGGUUACAGAAGUGCCUGGAAGUCGGGAUGUCUAAAGAAUCGGUGAGGAACGAUCGGAACAAGAAGAAAAAGGACGAGAAGAAGCAGGAGUGCACGGAGAGCUAUGUGCUGAGUCCCGACACCGAGCAGAUGAUCGACAGGGUCCGCAAGGCGCACCAGGAAACGUUCCCCUCUCUCUGCCAGCUGGGCAAAUACACUACGAGUAACAGCUCCGAGCGCCGCGUGUCCCUGGACAUAGACCUGUGGGACAAGUUCAGCGAGCUCUCCACCAAAUGCAUCAUAAAGACGGUGGAGUUCGCCAAGCAGCUGCCGGGCUUCACCACGCUCACCAUCGCCGACCAGAUCACUCUGCUCAAGGCCGCCUGCCUGGACAUCCUGAUACUGCGGAUCUGCACGCGCUACACCCCGGAGCAGGACACCAUGACCUUCUCAGACGGGCUCACGCUAAACCGGACCCAGAUGCACAACGCAGGCUUCGGCCCCCUCACCGACCUGGUUUUCGCAUUCGCAAACCAGCUCCUCCCUCUGGAGAUGGACGACGCAGAGACGGGGCUGCUGAGCGCCAUCUGUUUGCUGUGCGGAGAUCGACAGGACCUGGAGGAGGCGGACAAGGUGGACAUCCUUCAGGAGCCCCUCCUGGAGGCAUUGAAGAUUUAUGUAAGGAAGAGGAGACCCCACAAACCACAUAUGUUCCCCAAGAUGCUGAUGAAGAUCACUGACCUCCGAAGCAUCAGUGCUAAAGGAGCGGAGCGCGUCAUCACGCUGAAGAUGGAGAUCCCCGGCUCCAUGCCGCCGCUCAUCCAGGAGAUGCUGGAGAACUCGGAGGGUCUGGAGAGCGGGGCCGCGGGCAGCCGGCCCAGCGGGGCGCCCCCGGGCAGCUGCAGCCCCAGCCUGUCCCCCAGCUCUGCCCAAAGCAGUCCGGCCACGCAAUCACCGUAGACCACCCGCGGCUGGACCCUCGUCCCCUCGUCCAUCUCCACGUUGGUUCCUGCCUCCUCCUUUGCUGUUCCCAAGAAGGGGGCAAAGGAGGAGGGCGCUGACCGUAACUGCUGAACACCUCCUCCUCCCCCACAACACCAGUACCCAUCUCCUGACCCGCCAGCGCUCACUAAGGAAGACUGUACAGACAUGCGGGGGGGGGGGGAGGCCAGAGCGGGGAUACUCUGAGAAACCACACCGUAAACACUGCUGAUGACCCUCCCUCCACCCCCCCCUCCAUCGCUGCUCUCGCCCUCUCCACCUCUCUCAAAACCACGGAUGGAAACGAAUCUGGGCGCAGCAGGGACCCGUUUGGAAACGAAACUGAGAACGAGUGUGGGACAAUGGGACAAAUAAACGGAGGAGGAUAUCGAACAGAGACUGAUUUGACGAACACCAGACACUUUUCUUUUGUUGUUGUUGUUGUACUACGAGGCAGACUGCAACUCUGGGACAUGUUAAAGCCCCACCCCUCAAAGACUCGGGUCUUUCCCUCUUUUUCCUCUUUUUUCCAAUUUAAAAAAAACAAACAGAUUUCAUACAAAAAGAUAUAUGAUUAUAUAUAGAAAAAAAACUAAGGAACUAUUGUGAUCGGCAUGUCCUAAACACAUUGCAGGUUGAAAUGAGGACAUGUUUACUGAGCUGAGAUUAGAGAUUGUUGUACUCCCUCACCAUUUGAAUCUUUUCAUACCUAUCAAAAGUAAUGAGAGACGUUUCAGUUUCAUGUUUGUAUAUUAUUAUAAUUAAUGAAAUGCAAAAGAUGUUGAAUUUUUCUCUCAAAGUCUAUACAUGCAAACACAAAUACACAAAUGUGCACAGAAAACGAUGAAUAUCACCCACUAUUCCAGGUUGGAUCUGUUUGCCUUUUUCUUUUUUGUUCCAAAAGAAUGAAAUAUUGAUUGUAUGAACUUUGUUGUAUGAUAUGGUCACAGGUCCUUUCAAGAAAUCAAAUUAAUGAAGAUUCAUUAUUAAGGUGUAUUUUAAGUAGCCUUUGAGUUUUUGUAUAUAAGCUGUAUUCAUUUCUUUAAAACUAUGAAGAGUUUUAGGCUUCACCUGAUUUUUUUUUUAAUACCAUUUAUGUGUUUUUGUUUAUAGGUUUGUGAAUCAAGAAAAUACAUUUUUGAGCACAUUUUACUGAAGGAAGUUCUUUCAUGUCUUGUGUGUCCAGCUAAAUAGUGGACAGACCUUUCACCAAUCACUGGCUGUUCAGAAUGUGGCUUUCACAAACAAUCGAAAAACCUCCUCCCCCUUUUGUUUUCAAUUUCUUUCAUGUGCAGUAGAUAACAAAGUAGCACUCCUGUCGGGGCGUAGCUUUUUGGACAUGUAGCAGGAAAAAAAAAAAGUUAAUGGUGAGUCGGACGCCAUCUGCAGCCUGGCAAGCUCGGCUCAGCUCAGCAAUCACAGAGUUACAAUGUGGGAACUGGUGUAUAAACUGUGUAUUAAACACCUGUCAUCAUUGGUACCUUCUAAGGGGAUCCACCUGUUAAGGAUGGGAGACGACUAGAUUGUAGUUCCUCGGCUCUGUCAAAGCUGAGGCAGGUAAGCUAGGGUCCCAAAACAUGAUGAAACCCAUAGUUGGAAAUCUUUUGUAAAAUCAAACAUGUGACUUUGUUGGAUCUAGAGCCCUGUGACUCACUUUACACCAAAACGCCUUCACCAUUAAUACAUGUCAUCUGGACCAUCAUUACUGUAAAUGCACCAAUGUCUCAGGAAGGAAUCAUUUUUGUGUGCUUGGCCCGUUAUGUUUAUGUUCUGUGAUGCAACCCCUAAGCCUCCAAUCACAAAUGCACAUGUGUACACACUUCUGCUACUGAGCCCCUGAAUUUUUCUCCAACCACCCUCUUUUUGUUAGGUCUGGCAGACCGAGGACUUGUGCAGAGAGACUUGGACCCUGAGCUUUGCAGCAGCGUUGCAAUAUAGGAAGCCAGUGUGGAGUCUCUCUGAUUCACGUGUACUUUUUAUUUGUACAGGAAAAGGCUGCUUUUAUCUUUUAGGUUGUAACCUGUCCAGAACAGCGCACAAGUUUUCCCGCCACAGCUAAUCUGGAAUAGAAAGAGACACACCAUCAAAAUGAAAAGUAUGAAAUAUGUUGCAAUUUUGUCAAGAUUAUAAAGAACUUUGGAAAAAAAGAAGAAAAAAAAACAAAAAAGAUGAAAAAAUAAAAACCAACAUUUAAUAAUUACCUUGUCUGUGUGUGCGCUGUUCUUUCUUCAAUUUUUCUGAAUAACUUUUCAUUUGCAAGGGAAUUGACCCCACCCCCCCACCACCACCCUUCCUUUAUUUAAUGUAUUCCUGCUAAUAUACUUAAAUGAAGUACCGCUGGAUGUACUUGAUCAAAUUAUUGUUUUGCUCUUUUAAAAAUAUGCUUUAAGGCUACAUUAGACUUAAAUCUUCUCAUUCAUAAAUGGAAUGUGUCUUUAAAGCUGUAUUUAAAGGAAUAAAAUACAAUCUG